AUGGACCCCAGCAUGAUCAUGAUGAUGAACCCUGGGCAGGGAAAUUGGAUGCAAGGCCAGGCCUUGCCUGUCCAGGUUCCUGGUCAGCUGACUCCACAAAUGAUUCACAUGUCGAUGAUGGGGCAGAUGACCCCUGGGCAGAUGACGCCUUUGGGACAGACACCCGGGCUCAUGACGCCUGCGUUGCCCAUGGAGGGAGCGCGCAGCAAAGCCUCCGGGCCGCCUCCCCCAGCCAAGGCACAGACACCGACGCCGGCAUCGACACCGCCAGAGCGCUCUUCUGCGGUUUCUGGGCCCCAGCGGGCAGCCCCGCCGAUUCCUGCACAACGCCCCAAAGUGCCGGCGAUGGUACUCCUGAAUGUGCCGGCGGAGAAGCCCACGCACCGGCUCGUGAAGGACGUAGCGGAAGUGGAUGCAAUGCUGCUGAAGGACUGGGCGUGGUUCCAGCAACUCGCUGGGGAAUGCGGGCCGGUCUUCCCUUCUGUGCCCUUGGCCGGAGCUGCCUAUGGAAGGAAAGAUGUGUUGAAGAACAAGGCAUCAGACAUCCAGGUGCUUUUUGUCCCUGCAGAUGUGGGUGCUAUCGGCGAGGCGGUCGCUAAGGUGGUUGCAAACAUGGGUGGUCGCAGCCACCUGGUCGGGGAUUGGCACGACCUGGGCCCGGAGAUCAGUCAGUGGGGCCUCGUUGCCAUCUUGAAGGAUGCCAAAGCCUUCCUGGAGCGGCCACGAGGCUCCGCUUCGAAGCGGCAGAGGAAAGCCGAUCUCCUGGAGGCGCCCGCUCCGAGCAGUCCCACAGAGGUGGCUUCACCCGGCGAUCUGCCAGGGCAUUUGGCCAAAAAGCGCAAGGUGGACAAGGACGCCUAUGCGGAAUGGUGCCGAGAAGUGAAGCACUUGGGCACGGCAGAGUGCUUUAGAUCCGACGCUGAGAUUCCGAAGUUCGCAAAGCGGGUGAGCGAUCGGUGGCUUGCAGUGUUCGGGCCAGAGGUGAUCUUCGGUACCCUCGCCAAGUGCUUCUGCAAGAGAAAGUGCAGCUGGUGGCAUCGAUUAGCGUUGACCUACGUCUUGCACGAGCUGAUCAUGAACAAGAUGAUUCCACAAGAGCAUCGGCGGGUCUGCCUCGGAUGGUGGAUGAAACCUAUUGGAAAGAUCAUCCGCUGCAUGGGCUGGAAGGAGCGAGAGCCCUACUGCGAGCUCUUCGACUUUUGGUCCAACGCUUUCGAGGAGCCCCUCUUGACCGAAUCGGAGCUGAAAGAGAUACAGGAGUCCUGGGAUGUCUGA